CUGGUGUGUCUCCCAGCAGCUCUGGUGGGGCCACAGAAUCCCAGUGUACCACAUCACUGCAGCAGACGGCUGGGAGGUGUGGGUGGCGGCUGCUUGGAGGAGGAUGCAAGGCGGAAGGCUGUGGAGAAGGAAGGCACACCCUUGGCCUCCAUGUCCACCCAGCAGGAGGAAGAUGUUCUGGACACCUGGUUCUCCUCUGGCCUGUUUCCCUUUGCCUCGCUGAGCUGGCCGGGUCAGGGGAGGGGAGAGACCAUGCCUGACCUUGCUCGCUUCUACCCAACGACCUUGGUGAAGACGGGUCAUGACAUCCUCUUCUGGGUGGCUCAGAUGGUCAUGCUGGGACUCAACUUGACAGGGAGGCUUCUCUUUAAGACUGUGCUGCUGCAUGGCCUCCUGUGUGAUGGUGGCGGCCACAAGAUGUCCAAGUCCUGGGGCAGUGUGAUAGACCCCCUGGAUGUCAUCAAUGGGGCGUCCCUGGAGGUACUGUGUGAGAGGGUGGAGGGGAGCCUGAAUGCAUAAGAGGUACUCACUGGUAUCAGGAUGAACUCCCCCACAGGCAUCCCAGAGUGUGGAGCUGAUGCCCUUCGGUUCACUCUGUGCUCCACCAACUUCAAGAGUCACUGUGGCAUAGAUAGAUGAACGUGUAUGACUGUGGUGCUUCGAGUCUUGUGUGGAGUUACCAGGUUGGUGUAUGGAUGAAUAAAUGGAGUAGAGAUAAGAUUUUGGUGAGUGCUCUUGUAAGGUUAGGGUAGGAGUGCUUCUCGUCUCUGUCAAGGGCUAAGGUGUUGAGUGUUGAGUGAGUGUGAGGGUGAAAAUUGUGUGUUUUGGUAUAUGUAGGAGAUAAGAUUGUAGUGAGUGCUCUUGUAAGGUUAGGGUAGGAGCGCUUCUCGUCUCCGUCAAGGGCUAAGGUGUUGUGUGUUGAGUGAGUGUUUGAAUAUAUUUG